AUGUAUUUUGCUAUUUUCGUCACUAAUGGCCGUGAUAUUCCUAACAAAGAAGAUGCAGCUGUCUCGUGCAUCUCUGAUGAUAACCAGUCUGCAGAAAUGACAGAAUGCCUCAAGCAGAUGAAUGGUAUGCCUCCCCUGGUGCAAGAAUGCACUGUCCCUUGUCGGGAAGACUGCACCUUCACCCCUUGGUCUAAGUUUACACCCUGCUCCAAGAACUGUGAAGCAACCCAGAUCAGGAGGCGGCAGCUCACAGGGAAAAGCAAGAAGAGAGAGAAAUGCCAGGAUGCUUCCCUGUACCCUCUGGUGCAAAUGGAACCAUGCCCCUGUGAUGCAUUCAAGUCCCAUCCUUAUGGAAACUGGUCAGCUUGCAUUCUACCGGAAAGCAAGAGGGAUCCUCAGCGAGGAGGCCUGUGGGUGCAAGGAGCUGACAAGGAAUGUGGAGUAGGAGUGCGCUUUCGAGCAAUCGCAUGCUCUGAUAAAAACGGAAGACCCGUGGACCCCUCAUUCUGCAACAGCUCGGGUUAUGUUCAAGAAGAAUGCAUCAUCCCCUGCCCAUUUGAUUGCAAGCUAAGUGACUGGUCCAGCUGGGGUUCUUGCAGUUCAUCUUGUGGGAUCGGAGUAAGAAUUCGAUCUAAAUGGCUAAAAGAAAAACCUUACAGUGGAGGUCGUCCGUGUCCCAAAUUGGAUCUCAAGAAUCAGGUUCAUGAAGCGGUCCCGUGUUACAGUGAGUGCAAUCAAUAUUCCUGGGUUGUAGAACACUGGUCUCCAUGCAAAAUCAACAAUGAGCUGAGAUCUCCACGCUGUGGAAAAGGAACACAAUCUAGAAGAAUCAGGUGUGUGAGUACUGCUGGCAGUGAAGGAGGGACAGUGGACAGGAGCCUGUGCAACCAGGAUGAUGCUCCCUCAGAAACCCAGGCCUGUGCCCUUCUGUGUCCCAGCGACUGUGUCAUGUCUGAGUGGGGAACUUGGAGCAAAUGCCCACAGAAAAAGGAAAACAUAAGAGCAAUGUGGAAAACAUCAAAUAGCAUAUUUGAAAUGGCAUUUCCAUAUGAUCCUCAGAUCCUUGUUGGUACACUGACCACCGGAUCUUCUCCCAGCCACCAUGCUAAUCUCACUGUGCAGAGCGGCUUUGAACGGGAAUCAGAACUCACGGCUGAUUACUUCCCUAUAUCUAAAUAUACUGCACAGUUGUGUCAAGUUGUGCGAUCUUUGCAUAAUGCCCCGGCAUCCUCAAAGCUAAUCAGUGCCGACGAUGGAGAUGAGCAUUGCAAAGACAGAGAGCUGGAUCAUUGUGCCUAA